UUCAUGUCUCAAUGUUCGGGCCAAAUAAUUGUUAGAAAACUGGAAAUAAUCACAAGAAUCCUUCCAUUGCAACAAUACAAUAUAACUCUCAAAGAGCGCAUCGCAAUGAUAAUUUAAAAAGCGUGAUUUUGCCGGCUUUCAAUGAAGCCUUUACAAAUUCGUGGUUAAAUAAGAAGGAACGUGGGCAUAUUUUCUACAAUGAACACCGAAAGCAAACGAGAAAAAAAAAUCGUUUUGCUUUCUGUCGACCUCCUUUAUUUUUGUGUUUAUUCUGUUGUGUGCUUGCUGCUCUCAUAACUGGCACAUUGAUUGUUGCACUUGUGUUGAUCUUUACAAGUUCAACAACAACGUUAAAAACAACAUUAUCAACUACUCAAGCAACUACAAACAUUACUACGACGAUAACGACAUCAACAACGACGAUAACCACAACUAACACAACACAAAUGACAACAUUAAAUGUGUCAACAACGUCAACUGGUACUAUUUGUUCAACAACAGCCAUCAUUACAAUGAUUACUUUGACUUCUCUACCGCCUCAAUGUUCAAACUAUACGCUGAAUACAGAUGGAACUCGUAAUGCUGCUUAUACAACUCUUGGUAAUACUUGUGAUGAUCAUAUAUUUACUUCCUCUCCAAUGUGGGUUCGCUUUUCUGGUGCAGCAGGCACUCUAUUAGCCAAUUGUCCUGUUCCAGCUAGCAAUUGUAAUACCAAUUCACCCGGAUGGUAUAGCGGGGUAUAUCCCUCGAUAGCGGGUGAUACGACAAAUGGAACUGUCUGCUACACAUGGCCGGGAAAUACAUGCAUAUACUCGAACUCGAUUGAGGUUACGAAUUGUAAUGGUUACUAUGUUUUUGCGCUUACAGCUUCAUUUAGAUGUAGUAUACGAUAUUGCACCAUUUGA